ACGCUAACCGGAAGUGAGUGAAACCAGCGACCUCUUGCCGAUAAAAAUGUUUGUAAUAAAGAUACCACAUUCCUAGUAAACAUAAAUCCCAAGGUGUCUGUUUGCACAACAUAAGCCAAAUAAACGUAGCUUACUGUCAGCAUUUAUAACAAUAAUAUUAUUUUACAAACAGCGAGUUCGUUGAUUAGCCAGGCAGUUGUCAUUCAGCAGCAGAGCACAGCUGUACCAAGGGACUUACGGUGGUUUGAUGGAAAUAUUUAUUCUCUAAUGGGGUUGUAAUCUUUAUCCGAAACAUCCGCUGCAACCGAAGUGCCGAUCGUUACAAAGUCAACGGGUAAAUGAGCGAGGCUGACAUCUUCCACUCUGCCGAUAUGGCAGAAGUAAACCGCAUCCACUAUGAACUAGAAUAUACAGAAGGCAUCAGUCAACAGAUGCGGAUACCUGAGAGGCUCAAAAUCGCCUCCGGUUCUUCAGAGGAACCGCCUGGUCUCCUAAAUGCAUCUCACAGUACUAUGAUGCAUGUGCCAGAAAGGAUUGUGAUUGCAGGAGAUGAUAAUGACGCUCGCUUUGGAAGACCCAGAGAUCUAGAUUUGAUCCAGUCUACUCCACUAGAAACAGUCGAACUGAAAACUCCACCACGGGUUCUUACCCUCAAUGAUCAACCUCUGGACUUCCUCGAGCCAGAGCCAGCAGCAAACUCCACUGCCCAGCCGAGAGAAGAGAUGAAAUCUCACUUUAGGUCAAGACGGGAGCGAUGUAGGAGUGAAAACUCUACAAUGCGUCGCAAUGGACAAAUAAACAAACAUGAUUUUGCAAGUCCGUCUCCAUCUCGUGCUCCUGUCCGUGUUUGUCCCCCUCUUAUAAGUCCUGAGGACAGUCAGAAUUUAAACAGUGCCAGUGGUGUCCUCAAUUACAUCAAGAGCACGACUCGCAGGGCUUACCAGCAGGUCCUGGAGGUGCUGGACGACAGUCAGCGCGGUCGUGCAUCUCUUGUGACUUUCGAUGCGAGUGUGGAGAACACUCCUGAUGAUGCUGGUUUAACAGACGCUGCCUCACUGCGACGACAGAUUAUCAAGCUGAAUCGAAGACUGCAGCUACUGGAGCAUGAGAAUAAAGAGCGAGCCAAGCGUGAAAUGGUCAUGUACUCCCUCACUGUUGCAUUCUGGUUAGUUAACUCAUGGAUCUGGCUUCGUCGCUAGAGAGCCUCUUUUUUUUCCACACAUCCUUUAAGUGUCAAACUAAAUAAUAAAAAUACGUUUCAUUCACAAUGUAAAGUUGGUGUUUUAUGAUUUUCAGUUCAUAAAAGAGUCAAUUUAAUAAUAUAACAGUUGCACUUUCUAUAACAGUCUGAUUAUGCUCAAACAAAUGUAUCUAGUUAUUUUUUAAGUUAUUGUUUUUUUGUCAUUGUUAUGGUGUUUUUGUAACUGUUUUUGUAACUGUAUGUAUCAUGGUUAUGUGCAUUGUGAUGUAAAGAUGUAAAUGUUUAUAAUAUUCCAUUUUUGUGAAUACAUGGAAGUUUGCACUUAUAUUUCAUUAAAAAGUGUUUAUGCAGGAACAUAUUAAAAGAUGUGGGAUCACCAAAGAAUUAAAGUGCAAAAUGCAUAAA